AUGCACUUCCGUCUGGCACUUUCGCUUCUCCCGCUCACCACCCACGCCAUCAACAUCAUCUCCUCCAAUGAUGAUGGCUGGGCUGAAAUCAAUAUCCGCACCUUGUAUGACUCCCUCACCGCCGCCGGCCACUCGGUUGUGAUCUCCGCCCCAGCGGAGAACAAGAGCGGAACUGGCUCCGAUGAUGCCACUCCCUCCAACCUCACUGAAGCCUGCGAGUUCGACAGCUGCCCCUCUGGUAGCCCUGCGUACGGCUACAACGCCUCCCAGCCGCGGUGGAACUACGUCAAUUCGUACCCCGUCACCUCCAUCAAGUACGGCAUCGACACUUUGUCCGAGGAAUUCUUCAGCGGCUCCCCCGACCUCGCUGUCAGCGGUCCCAACGUGGGUGCCAAUCUUGGCCUGGAGGUCUUCUUCUCCGGCACUGCCGGAGCUGCAACCUACGCGGCGAAACAGGGCAUUCCUGCCAUCGCCUUCUCCGGUAACACGGGCUCUCAGACAGCUUGGGACGUGAGCGUGCCCAACUACAGCACCGUGUACGCCGAGUUGUCAACCAAGCUGGCCGAUGCGCUGAUUGCGUCGGGCACGCCCUACCUGCCAGACGAAAUCUGGCUGAACGUGAACUUUGGCGCCGUGAGCGACUCGAGCUGCACCAGCGCAGACGACUUCAAGUUUGUGCUUUCGCGCAUCUUCACCGCGAUCCCGCUCGUCUCGGGCGACGAUGUUGAGACGUGCGACAACGACAAGCGGUUGCCGACGGAGACCAAGGUGGUGGACUCGGACGGGUGCUACGCCAGUGUCUCGGUGGGGGUGGCGAGCGACAAGCUCGACGCGAAUGCGACAAUUCAGGGGGUCGUUCUAGAGAAGCUGUCGGGGCUGUUGACGUGCUUGGACUGA